UGACACUCGGUGGUGAAGAAGUUUUCUCUCACCCGCGGGUGGUGGAUCGCCGACGAGGCUUGCGAGAAGUUGCUUGCGGCCGACGAUCCGAAGGAUCGAUGGAAGUAGCGGGCGAGAGUGCGACAGGAACUCGAGAACGGAAGCGCGACGGGAUAGAGAUGCCGAUGUUUGGAGUUUGGAGUGACUGAGGUACAGACGCGCGAGUAACAGACGAGUGGCCAUCGGACAACCGAUGACAGGAGAUAGUAGCAGCACGUGUUCGCGGCGCGCCUCGUCCAAGGACUUGAAUUCACCUUCAACAUCAUCACCACCGCCGCGGGGGAGAAUCUCUCCAGAACGAUGUUGUGAGAAGUGUGCAAACAGCGGUGCGACGCUCGGAAUAUAAAUAACGGACGACUCCGCGCGUCUGGGCGAAGGAAAGUCGAAGGAUUAUCGCCGGUGAUCCGGACGAGAGUGUCUGAGAUCCCGGGGGCCUCGCUCGGAGUACAAGACGUGAACGUCGUUAGGAUGGUUCGAGGGUGAAAUUGUCAAGAGACGCUCAUCAGCAUGCUGUGGAUAUUGAUCGCAGUGACGUGCAUCGAGCUAUCGACCUUUGCCAACGCACAGUCGAAAAAAACUACGUCUAUGCAAGAAGAUGCGAACAACACCGAGCCGGAUCAUCCGAUACCGAUGGAGUCGAUACAGGGAGUGGCAGGGCAGAGAGCAACUUUACCCUGUAAUAUACAACCCCGUGAACCGAACGACGCCGUCUCCAUGGUGCUCUGGUUCAAAGAGGACAGCGGCGAGCCUCUCUACAGCUACGACGCGAGAAAUCGACAAUUCGGCAAGGCGAAGCUGUGGAGCGCGUCUCACUUCUGGGGCGAGCGAGCGUCCUUCAGAGCGAGCCCGCCUGCGCAGCUGACCAUUCGUGACCUGAGGGAGAGCGACCAGGGGGUGUACAGGUGCAGGGUGGAUUUCCGCAACUCGCCGACCAGGAACCUCAAGGUCAACUUCACCGUCAUCGUGCCGCCGGCCAAGCCGAUAAUCUACGACGCGAAGCGACGAGACAUGAGCAAACUCCUCGAGGCCUACCCGGAAGGAGCUGACCUGUUCCUCGUCUGCGAGGUUCACGGAGGCAAACCAAGACCGCGAGUCACAUGGUUCUUGGAGUCGCAGACAAUCGAUGCCCCGUCGGAGAUUCGGGAGACCCAAGGGCCAGGAGGCGAAACCAACGUUGUAACCAUAAGCAAUGUGACGCUGAAGGGUCUCACGAGAAGUCAGCAUCGUGCCAAACUAUUCUGCAAGGCAAGCAAUACUCAUUUAGCACAGCCAUCCACCACCACCGUCACCAUCGAACUUCAUAUGAAACCAUUGAAAGUCGAAAUUAUGGGGAAGGACAAGAUUCUAUCGGCGGGGAAGAAGUACGAGACCAGAUGUCAGAGCACCGGGUCGAGACCGCCGGCUGUUCUGACUUGGUGGAAGGCUUCCAAACAACUCAAGAAGACAAGUGAAAACUUUCAGGAAGGAGGGACAAGCAUCAGCGUGUUACAAUGGACACCGUCGAUCGACGACGAGGGGAAGUUUCUCGUGUGCAGGGCGACGAAUCCGACGUUGCAGGAGGCCGGCAUCGAGGAACGAUGGAAACUCAAAGUACACUUCGCGCCUGUCGUCGCUCUGAAGAUGGGCUCUUCGCUGAAUCCAAAGAACAUCAAGGAAGGCGACGACGUUUACUUCGAGUGCAACGUUAGAGCGAAUCCUAGAGCUUACAGAUUGACGUGGUUUCACGAGGAAGAGGAGCUCCAUUACAACGUCACUGCCGGCAUAGUGCUCUCGGACCACUCCCUGGUACUUCAAAGUAUAACUCGAGAAUCCGCUGGAAGGUACACCUGCAUGGCCGUCAAUGUCGAGGGCCGCGCCAGUUCUAACGUAGUGAACCUCGAGGUUAUGUUCGCCCCCGUGUGCAAGCACGUUUUAAACUCGGCCGGCUGGAGGUACCAGAACGCAACGCCACCGCCAUUGAACGUACCGGAGGAGGUUCACGGAGCGCUGAAGCACGAGACGAUCAGCUUGGUCUGCGAGGUGGACGCGAGCCCGACGUCCGUCAGCUUUCACUGGACGUUCAACAGCAGCGGCGACCUGACUGACAUUCCGUCCACGAAGUACUCCAACGAGGGCACCUCCAGCAGACUCAAUUACACGCCGUCGUCCGACAUGGACUACGGGACGUUGGGCUGUUGGGCCAGUAACAUCGUCGGACCCUCGAAGCAACCGUGCCUGUAUCAGGUGAUCGCUGCAGGCAGGCCGUACCCGUUGCAAAACUGCACGGCGUACAAUCAGACUGGCUCCUGGAUCAGGAUAUCCUGCGUGGAAGGGUACGACGGUGGUUUGCCGCAGAAAUUUGUCGCGAUCGUGGACAAGCAACGAGUGGAAUCGGCGAACCCUUACUGGGAGCUGGAACUUCGCAAGCCGACAACGGUCGCUCUUUACGCGGUCAACAUGAAGGGCUCGAGUGAUCCAGUGAUCAUGGAAGGAGAAGCGCUAAAAGGAGUGGCCAAGUUCACCGGCGAAUCGACAUCCUCGGUGGACAUGUCACCGAUCCUGAUUGGCCUAGGCGGAACCGCGACCGGCUUGGGCUUGAUCGUGACCGGAGUAUUGAUGGCACUUUGGAGGAAACACGCGGCCACUCCGGCGAAACCGAAACCACCCCAACAACCCAGCAUCGCGACUUUCGCUGGCAAAGGCGAAGAGGAAGACGGAAAUCCUGAUCUCAUUCCUACCACUGCCUUGACCAAUCAUCUCGCAGAUAGGAAGCUUCUACAUUACGGUUCCUUACCACGGAGGCCACGACAGCUAGAAGGUCGAGAAACAUCUCAUGAUGUAAUAGAAGACUCAGACUAUCCUCGAGCAUCGCCAAACACAUUUUAUAGUCUUCAAAGGCCACAUCGAUACUCGGAGACGGUAAUCAGAAGUGCCGUGAUCCAGGAAAGCUGCAUUUAAAUAAAAAUCGGCGAAGAAAACGAAACAAGCGUUGUAAUGCACACCGAUGCGAUGAGGGGCUUAGUCACAGGAUUGACACGCUCCGACUAGACCACGUUUUAUCGCACACACAUGAAAAUCAAAAAAAAGACUAAAGCCAUGCUUAUGCAACAUUGUACACGUUUCAGCGUACGAAGAUAUUUAUUAGCAACUCGAUAACAGUAUGCCUUUGUAAAUAUUGUAUAUAAAUAAAACACACUGAUUUCGUGUUA